AUGUCAGCCUCUCCAAUUGAUAUAGCAGCUUUGAUUGGCUUUGGUUGUGAGGCAGUCUUGUAUGGCAGUUACUGCAUUCUUUUCAUCGUUUCGUGGAUCGUCUUGAGUCAAAAACGACCUUCGCCAAACCUUAGUAGCCCUGUUGUUUUUGCCAACUGUUUGCUCUUUUUCUGCUGCACUGCCCAUUUUGCACUCGAAUUCAAUCAUUUUUAUACAACUCUUGAGUCAACAGGAGUCGAUGGGUUUUCCGCGGAGACUCCUGGUCUUAUAGGCGCAGAUUUCCUUAUCUCGUUCACGGAUCUCGUCGGUGACCUAGUUCUCGUCUACCGCUGCUGGAUGCUUUGGGAUAGGAACUACUAUGUAGUCAUACUUCCCCUUCUUACUGCCUUCGGUGGCUUCGCUUGUAUAAUGGAGGUACUCCACCUUGUCAUUACGAUGGACCCCACCUCACCUGCCCCUCCCCCCGCUACGGUGGGGUUGGGGCUCGCAGGAUAUAUCCUACCCCUUGCCACCAAUUUCGUCGUCACCUCUCUCAUAGUCUACCGCAUCUGGACCUCCUCUCGUGUCGUGAAAGAAUCGCCUAUAGUCAUCGGCCAAGGCGCCUCCCAUCGCGCGAUGAUGCUCAUCAUCGAAAGUGGUGCCCUCUAUCUUAUAACACAAUUCGUGUUCGUCGUACUCUUCUCGAUCCAACACCCCUCACAAGGUAUCGUGGCGGUGAUUGCCACCCAAGUAUACGGCAUCGCACCUACCCUCAUUAUUAUUCGGGUUAGCUUAGGAAUUUCAUCAGAGCAUACCACCAAGGCAAUAACGUCCACUCGUAUUGAAUGGAUCGCGCGCCGUGGGGGCGACACAGGCACUUCGGAUACCCAAUUCACUGUUGAACACAGCAUGGUCGAAACCGAUAUGGAUAUUCGGAUGAAAGACUUCGAUCUCACCCGUAUGAAGGGUCACGAGGAGAUUGAGAUUGCAGAGGUCGAUAUGGGACCUGCUAGCCAUUACGAAAGCGCUUCGCCUGUAUAA